AUGAGUAAUUUUCUUUAAGUGAAUACUGAUUAACAAUGCUUGAAUUUAAUUUAUGAAAAGAGAGAUUUAACUAUUAAUAGGCACUUGGAUGGUAUAAAGGUACACCUAUAUUCAAUAUUUAGCCUAUUGCUAAUGAAAAUUGA